AUGUCUACAAGCGAUGUGCCCCUGGCCCAGGAGAUGGCAGAGCAGAAUGAGCAGCUACACGCCGAGCGCGCUGCAUACACGGCGAGCAAUAGAGAAAGCGUGCUCAUGUCAAAGGCGCAGGAGAUGGACUCUCACAAUCAACAGCUCGCCAUGCUGCUCUUCAAACCACGCAGUGCUGUGGAGCGUGCUGGAUUGAGACGUCGCUUGAAGGAGAAGCGCAAUGAAUGGAAAGAGGAUCCAGACGUUGUGCCAGACGACAUUGUCAGAGGCUCACGCAUCCUCAAAGACGACUAUAAGAAGACAAUGUCGGCAAUGGUGCCGCUGCCCGAACAAGUGCGUCUGAAUCUCAUCUUUGUCAACGCGAUCGACGCUCCACCGCGCGAAGUUGCCAGUGUCCAGCAAGUGGGGCCUGUCACUGGACGUCGCAUUACGCUCGCAGACCCCAAUGCGGUGCUGCUCAACGCCCAUCUCGAGCCGGUGCUUUACGAGUGA